ACUUUCUCGUUUGCCUGGACAGAGCUGGGGUGGACGGAGUCCGUACCCUAUCUUGAUAGGCCUCCGUCCCCGCUGGAGUUUUAUCGAGAAUGGGUGAGUCCGAACAAACCUUGUAUAAUUCAGAAUGCCAUCAGCCACUGGCCGGCUCUGAAGAAAUGGACCGCAGCGUACCUCAGGGAGGUAGUAGGUUCCAAGGUAGUGAGUGUGGCAGUAACACCCAAUGGUUACGCAGAUGCGGUGUUUCAGGACCGUUUUGUCAUGCCAGAGGAGCGCCAAAUGCCUUUCAUGGACUUUUUGGACAUUGUGGAGAAGAAAGUGACCUCUCCCAACGUAUUCUAUGUGCAGAAGCAGUGUUCAAACCUCACUGAGGAGUUCCCUGAACUUGUCUGUGAUGUGCAGCCUGACAUACCAUGGAUGAGUGAGGCGCUUGGGAAGAAGCCUGAUGCUGUGAAUUUCUGGCUUGGGGAAUCAGCUGCUGUGACGUCUUUACAUAAAGAUCAUUAUGAGAACUUGUACUGUGUGAUAUCUGGAGAGAAACAUUUUCUACUGCAUCCACCGAGUGACCGUCCCUUCAUCCCAUAUGACCUCUAUCAGCCAGCAACCUACCAGGUAUCAGAAGAUGGCUCAUUUGAAAUUGUGGAUGAGAAGAGUGCAGAUAAGAUGAAGUUUUGCCCCAUCCACAUGCUUUCUGUAAGAAUCAUACAAGCCAAGAACAUCAAGUCAAGAGACCUGUUGACUGCAUCAGACUGCUAUGUGCGCUUGUGGCUGCCAUCUGCUGCAAAUGGAAAGCUUCAGACCAAAACCAUCAAGAAUUCUGACAACCCUGUCUGGAAUGAGACUUUCUACUUUAGGAUCCAGAGAGAAGUUGAGAACAUUUUAGAACUGGCAGUGUGUGAUGAAGAUCCACUCACCAAAGAUGACAUGCAGUUCACAGUUCUUUUUAAUGUUGCUAGAAUCAGACCCGGAGAGACACUCCGUGAGACGUUUGCUUUGGAAUCAGAGAGAGAGAGGUGCACUAAGAAAUGGGAAAGUUUGGAAGUGGAAUUCUGGAUGGAAAGAAUUCCUGGCCCUCCAGAGCACCUCAUUACCAAUGAUGUCCUAGUGUCCCGUGAGGUUUGCUGCUUGGAAGUGCAAGUGGACAUUAAUGAAAGCAGGAAAUACUUGAAAGAGGGUAAAAAUCUCGUGCUUACGGUGCCUGCAUCUCAUGAAAGAACACAGAAAACUACAGAGGACACAGAUACUUUCUAUUUCCAUUGCGUGAAGGCUUGGGAACCAGUUCUAAAAGUCAGGCUGCAGAAAGUUUCUGAUAAGGAAGAUGACAACAGCAAUUUAAGUGACACCUUAACUGUACCACUGAAAUUUCUCCCUGUUGGACAUAAAGUGAAAGUAACCCUUCCUGUAAGACAUAAUGUGCCACUGCAGUUGUACCUCCAACUAAAUGAUUGCACAGAAAAAUUAGAUGUGCGUUUAGGGUACGAUCUGUGCCGAGAAGAGCAAGAAUUCUUGCAAAAAAGGAAGAGAGUGGUUGCCAGUGCCCUGAAAAGGGUUCUUCAUCUGGAAAGAGAUCUACAUGGACACGAGGUCCCAGUAAUAGCUGUUAUGGCAACAGGCGGAGGCCUCAGAGCAAUGUCAGCUAUGUUUGGCCACCUCUUAGCUCUUCAGAAGCUAAAUCUGUUGGACUGUGUUACUUAUCUUACCGGGGCUUCUGGCUCAACAUGGACCCUAGCGGACCUGUAUGAGCAUGCCGACUGGUCACAGAAGACUCUGGAGGAACCACUUAAGGCAGUAAAAGAACAAGUGACAAAAUGCAAGCUCAACCUUAUGUCUAUAGAGCAUCUGAAGUAUUAUCACAAGGAACUCACUGAAAGGGCAAAAGCAGGACAUGUGUCAUCUUUUACAACUCUGUGGUCACUUGUUCAGGAAAUGUUCUUACAUGAACAGCCAAGAAAGUACAAACUCACAGACCAGUGCAAGGCAUUGGAGCAUGGACAAAAUCCAUUGCCUUUCUAUGCAGUCCUCAAUGUGAAAGAGGAAAAGUUCAGUACUUUCAAAUUUAGAGAGUGGGCGGAGUUCUCUCCUUAUGAGGUGGCCAUACCAAAAUACGGAGCCUCCAUUCGUUCAGAAUAUUUUGACAGUGAGUUCUUCAUGGGAAGGCGAGUGAAGAAGCUGCCAGAAUCUCGGAUCUGCUAUCUGGAAGGUCUUUGGACAAACAUCUUUACGAGGAAUUUGCUGGAUGGCUUGUACUGGUCCUCAAAUUCAAAUGAAUUCUGGGAACGAUGGGCCAAAGAUAUGGUAGAUAUAGAAAAACAUUCCCCUGAGGAUGAUGUCACUGUCAUUGAGCCUCCGUCUUGUUUGUCAGGGAAGUUGUAUGAAAUGUUUCAGGACAUUAUGACCAAGCGUCCACUACUGGGAAAGUCUCAUAACUUCCUGAGAGGCUUAGAAUUUCAUAAGGAUUAUAUCCAUCAGAAAAAAUUUAUUGAAUGGAAAGUUUGCCUGAUAGAUGUUGGCUAUUUCAUCAACACCAGUGGUGCAGCACUUUUCAAGCCAGAGAGGAAUGUAGAUGUCAUUAUCUCACUUGAUUAUGGUUUGGGGAAUGUGUUCAAGCAAUUAGAGAUGACAUACAAAUAUUGCAAGAUACAAAAGAUCCCAUUCCCCAAAGUGGAGCUAAGUAAAGAAGAAGAGAAGAACCCAAAGGAAUGUUACGUGUUCUCAGAUGCAGAGGACCCCAGAGCACCCAUAGUAAUCCAUUUCCCCCUGGUGAAUGACACCUUCAAGGAAUUCAAGGAGCCUGGGGUAAAGCGCUGUCUCUCAGAGAUGGAAGAAGGCAAAGUAAAUCUGGAGAACAACUGCUCACCCUAUUACCUCAUUAAGCUAAUCUACUCCUCUGAAAAUUUUGACAAACUCGUGAACUUGAGCAAAUACAACAUCCUCAAUAACAAAGACCUGCUCCUCCAGGCAAUCCGGAGUGCCGUAGAACGGAGGAGAAGUAGCAGGACUGGGAAUCUCCCCAGUCACUCUGGAGCUGGAUACCCCUAG